AUGGUUGUCAAGGUCGGUAUCAACGGUUUCGGCCGCAUUGGUCGCAUUGUCCUGCGCAACGCCAUCCAGCACGGCGAUGUCGAGGUUGUCGCUGUCAACGACCCUUUCAUCGAGACCCACUACGCUGCGUACAUGCUCAAGUAUGACUCCACCCACGGCCAGUUCGAUGGCGAGAUCAAGGUCGAGUCGGACGGCCUCACCGUCAACGGCAAGCACAUCAAGUUCUUCACCGAGCGUGACCCCGCCAACAUCCCCUGGGGCCAGUGCGGUGCUCACUACGUCGUUGAGUCCACCGGUGUCUUCACCACCACCGAGAAGGCCAGCGCCCAUCUCAAGGGCGGUGCCAAGAAGGUCGUCAUCUCGGCCCCCUCUGCCGAUGCCCCCAUGUAUGUGAUGGGCGUCAACGAGUCCUCGUACGACGGCAAGGCCGACGUCAUCUCCAACGCCUCUUGCACCACCAACUGCCUGGCUCCCCUGGCCAAGGUCAUCAACGACAAGUUCGGCAUCGUCGAGGGUCUCAUGACCACCAUUCACUCCUACACCGCCACCCAGAAGACCGUCGACGGCCCCUCGGCCAAGGACUGGCGUGGUGGCCGCACCGCUGCUCAGAACAUCAUUCCCAGCAGCACCGGUGCCGCCAAGGCCGUCGGCAAGGUUAUCCCCGCCCUCAACGGCAAGCUCACCGGCAUGUCCAUGCGUGUGCCCACCUCCAACGUCUCCGUCGUCGACCUGACCUGCCGCCUCGAGAAGGGCGCCUCCUACGACGAGAUCAAGGCCGCCAUCAAGGAGGCUGCCGAGGGCCCCCUCAAGGGCGUCCUGGCUUACACCGAGGACGACGUUGUCUCGACUGACCUGAACGGCAACACCGCCUCCUCCAUCUUCGAUGCCAAGGCCGGCAUCUCGCUGAACCCCAACUUCGUCAAGCUCGUCUCGUGGUACGACAACGAGUGGGGUUACUCCCGCCGUGUCGUUGACCUCCUGGCCUACAUCGCCAAGGUUGACGGUGCCAACUAA